GAUAAUAAGCUCAUUUUUUAUCUCUCACUUUGUGGGAGUGUUUUUGUUUUCCGAGAUCCAAAAUCUUCUCUUGGAUCCAAAAGCUUCGUAACUCCGUGGAUCUCCUCCUCUCUCUCUCUGGAUCUCGUACCUUGAGCUGCAGCACCGGAAAAGAUGGACAAAUCUAGUACCUUGCUUGUGCACUAUGACAAAGGGACUCCUGCAGUGGCCAAUGAGAUUAAAGAAGCUCUCGAAGGAAAUGAUGUUGAAGCUAAAAUUGAUGCCAUGAAGAAGGCGGUUAUGCUUUUGUUGAAUGGUGAAACCAUUCCUCAGCUUUUCAUAACCAUUAUAAGAUAUGUGCUGCCUUCUGAGGACCACACAAUCCAAAAGCUUCUGUUGCUAUACCUGGAGCUGAUUGAAAAAACCGAUUCUAAGGGGAAGGUGUUACCUGAAAUGAUUUUGAUAUGCCAGAAUCUUCGGAAUAACCUUCAGCAUUCGAAUGAGUACAUCCGUGGUGUGACACUGAGGUUUCUCUGCCGGUUGAAGGAGACUGAAAUAGUAGAACCGUUGACUCCAUCAGUGUUGCAAAAUCUGGAGCAUCGCCAUCCGUUUGUACGUAGGAAUGCAAUCCUAGCUAUCAUGUCGAUAUAUAAGCUUCCACAAGGAGACCAACUCUUUGUGGAUGCACCUGAAAUGAUCGAGAAAGUUCUAUCAACAGAACAAGAUCCGUCUGCCAAGAGAAAUGCAUUUCUAAUGCUCUUUACCUGUGCCGAAGAACGAGCAGUGAAUUAUCUUCUGAGCAAUGUUGACAAGGUUUCAGACUGGAAUGAAUCACUUCAGAUGGUGGUGCUGGAGUUGAUUCGAAGUGUGUGUAAGACUAAACCAACAGAGAAGGGGAAAUAUAUUAAGAUUAUUAUUUCUCUGUUAAGUGCUACUUCUUCUGCAGUUAUCUAUGAAUGUGCUGGGACACUUGUUUCUCUCUCUUCUGCCCCGACUGCUAUUAGGGCUGCUGCCAACACCUACUGCCAACUUCUUCUUUCUCAGAGUGACAACAAUGUGAAGCUAAUAUUGCUUGAUCGGUUGUAUGAGCUUAAGACAUUGCACAGAGAUAUCAUGGUUGAGUUGAUAAUAGAUGUGCUCAGAGCACUCUCAAGCCCAAACCUUGAUAUCCGCAGGAAGACACUUGACAUUGCCCUUGACUUGAUUACCCAUCAUAAUAUUAAUGAGGUCGUUCAAAUGUUGAAGAAAGAAGUUGUGAAGACACAGAGUGGAGAACUUGAGAAGAAUGGGGAGUACAGACAAAUGCUUAUUCAAGCAAUCCAUGCUUGUGCAGUGAAGUUCCCCGAAGUUGCAAGUACAGUAGUCCAUCUUCUAAUGGAUUUCUUGGGAGAUAGCAAUGUGGCUUCAGCUCUUGACGUGGUUGUUUUUGUUAGAGAGAUAAUAGAAACAAAUCCGAAGUUAAGAGUUUCAAUCAUAACCAGGUUGUUGGACACGUUCUAUCAGAUCCGCGCAGGAAAGGUCUGCCCUUGUGCACUUUGGAUUAUUGGGGAGUAUUGCCUAUCACUUUCAGAAGUUGAGAGUGGCAUUUCAACCAUUAAACAAUGCCUUGGCGAUUUACCAUUUUACUCUGUUUCUGAGGAGUCUGAGCCAACUGAGACAUCGAAGAAGAUUCAGCCUACCUCUUCUGCCAUGGUGUCCUCUAGAAAGCCAGUGAUUCUUGCUGAUGGAACUUAUGCUACCCAAAGCGCAGCCUGAACCACAUUCUCCUCACCUACAGUUGUUCAAGGAUCACUGACUUCUGGAAAUUUGAGAGCACUGCUUCUAACUGGUGAUUUUUUCCUUGGAGCAGUGGUUGCUUGCACGUUGACUAAACUUGUUCUUAGGUUGGAAGAGGUUCAGUCUUCUAAAACUGAAGUAAACAAGACAGUCACACAGGCUUUGCUGAUUAUGGUUUCUAUGUUGCAACUUGGGCAAUCUCCUGUUUCUCCACACCCUAUUGAUAAUGAUUCGUAUGAGAGGAUUGUGUUGUGCAUAAAAUUGCUUUGCCAUAGGAAUGAUGAGAUGAAAAAGAUAUGGUUGGAAUACUGUCGCCAGAGUUUUGUCAAGAUGAUUUCUGAAAAACAGCUUAGAGAGAUGGAGGAACUAAAGGCAAAGACCCAAACAACUCAUGCUCAACCUGAUGAUCUAAUUGACUUCUUCCAUCUAAAGAGUCGGAAGGGAAUGAGUCAACUUGAGUUGGAAGACCAGGUACAAGAUGACCUAAAGCGUGCAACUGGAGAAUUCACCAAGGACGAGAACGAUGCUAACAAACUUAACCGCAUUCUUCAGCUCACGGGAUUCAGUGACCCAGUCUAUGCUGAAGCAUAUGUGACGGUACACCAUUAUGAUAUUGCGCUCGAAGUUACAGUAAUCAACCGUACCAAGGAAACCCUUCAGAAUCUGUGCUUGGAGUUAGCAACCAUGGGUGAUCUCAAACUUGUUGAGCGUCCUCAGAACUAUAGUCUGGCACCUGAAAGAAGCAUGCAGAUAAAAGCAAACAUCAAGGUCUCGUCCACAGAGACGGGAGUCAUAUUUGGGAACAUCGUCUAUGAGACAUCAAAUGUAAUGGAGCGAAACGUCGUGGUUCUUAACGACAUACACAUUGAUAUCAUGGACUAUAUCUCCCCUGCUGUGUGCUCAGAGGUUGCUUUCAGAACUAUGUGGGCAGAGUUUGAAUGGGAAAACAAGGUUGCUGUGAACACCACAAUUCAAAACGAAAGAGAAUUCCUCGACCACAUUAUCAAAUCCACAAACAUGAAAUGUCUCACUGCCCCAUCCGCAAUAGAAGGUGAAUGUGGAUUCCUUGCAGCAAACUUAUAUGCAAAAAGUGUGUUUGGUGAAGAUGCUCUUGUGAAUGUGAGUAUUGAGAAGCAAACCGAUGGAGCAUUGAGUGGCUACAUAAGGAUAAGGAGCAAGACGCAAGGGAUUGCUCUAAGUCUUGGGGACAAAAUCACCCUCAAACAAAAGGGUAGUAGCUGAGGCAUGGAAUGGUGGCGUGCAAGGUAACAGGUUUAGACUACGUACGUUUCUCUCUUGAGCAAUUUUUUGUUGGUUGAAUCUGUUUACUACAAGGAGAGAGGAGGCGGUUGAGGAUAUGUAAAGAGUCAUUUCAAUUUGUUAUCAUUCUUCCUUAACCGGUAUAUUUUCCGGUAUGGCACCGAUGGAUUCUUCCUCAUACGGCUGUGCUUUAUUUACACUACUAGACGAUUUUGUUUUAUUGGUAAUGCUUUCUUCUUCUUCUAUAAAGUCGUUUGUUGAGGAGAUUAAGCCGUGAUUUUCUUGAAAUGCUUUAUGAUAUAGUAGAUUUCAAAGCA